GGGCAGGAACCACCCUUCCCAGAGCAGGAACCCAACUGGGACACAAGCCACCAGCACAUCCCAAGAGACUGCAGUGGCUGGAGAAGGAUACAGCGUGCUGGGCCAGCAGGGUGCUUCAGAGAGCAGUUAUGUCUAUCCUGUACCCAUCUCUGGAGGAUCUGAAGGUGGGCCAAGUCAUCCAGGCCCAGGCCAGAGCCUCACCCAUGAUGCCCACUCUGUCAGCCCCGCUGGCUUCUGCACCCCCACUUUCAGAGUUGUAUCCGAACCUGGCAGAACUGGAGAAUUAUAUGGGGCUAUCCCUCUCUAGCCAAGAAGUUCAGAAGAACCUGCCUCAGAUUCCAGCUGGUGACAAUAUGGUGGUCACUCGCCCUGGGCCUGGCCAGGUGGUAGCACCAGUGUCUGGGAACAACCUGGGUGCGCUUCGUGCAGAGAUCAAGCCUGGGGUGCGUGAAAUCCACUUGUGCAAAGAUGAGCGUGGCAAGACUGGACUGCGCUUGCAGGCUGUUGACAAGGGGCUCUUUGUGCAGCUGGUCCAGGCCAACACCCCUGCAUCCCUCGUGGGAUUGCGCUUUGGGGACCAGAUCCUGCAGAUUGAUGGGUGUGACUGUGCUGGGUGGAGCACACAUAAAGCCCACAAAGCCCUGAAGAAGGCAUCAUCGGAAAAGAUCGUCAUGGUUGUUCGGGACAGGCCCUUCCAGCGUACUGUCACUAUGCACAAGGACAGCUCAGGCCAAGUUGGCUUUUUCAUCAAGAAGGGGAAGAUUGUAUCUGUGGUAAAGGGAAGCUCUGCCGCCCGCAAUGGACUUCUCACCAACCACUAUGUGUGUGAGGUGAACGGACAGAACGUCAUUGGGUUAAAGGACAAAAUGAUUACAGAGAUUCUGACCACAGCUGGAAACAUCAUCACACUGACCCUCAUUCCCUCUGUGAUCUACGAGCAUAUGAUCAAAAAGUUGUCCCCAUUGCUGCUUCAGCACACCAUGGACCACUCCAUCCCAGACAUCUGAAGUUACAGGAGGGUGCCUCAGGCCUCCCGCCAUCCUGCAGGGAAGACAGCAGUCCUCAGAUGUCAGGUUGCAGCUGGCUUGCAGCCUGGGUCUGGGUAUUGGGGAUGUGUCCCAGGAGGAUGCAUAUUGGAUAAGUCUGUCAUUGCUGUUUCCAGGCCUCCUUGGAUCUGGAGCACUAGCUAUGCUGGGGCACAGGUGGGACGCUAGCACCUGGUUCUCUGUACCCUAGAUGCUGGGUACUUAGGCAAAGGUCCCUGAGUGCAGCUGCAUCCCUCUGCAGACUUCUACCCCCUCUAGGAAGUCAGCUGCCUGAUUCGACAGAGGAGUACCUAAUGUGUUCUUUAUCUUCAUUGAUCGUUGUCACAGAUUGUGCAUAGAUCAGUGGUAACCCUUUACUGUCUUUUGAAUAAAGAGUUUACUUUAAA